AUCUGCACCCCAUCAAGUUCUUCCUUCUCUCCUCUUCCAGAUUUCAACUUCGCCAUGUACCCUCCUUCCAUGAUUGCCACGGGCAGUGUAGGAGCAGCUAUCUGCGGCCUGCAGUUGGACUCCGUGGACCAAUCACAGUGGGGCGACAGUCUGACAGAGCUGCUAGCCAAGAUCACAAACACAGACAUGGAUGUGCUGAAGGCCUGUCAGGAGCAGAUUGAGCGUGUGCUGGUGAGCAGCCUACGGGAGGGGCGGCAGCAGCAGCAGCAGGUUCAGAGAGGCCCCAGCAGCAAAGCCCUCGACGAGGUCGACCAGUCCAGCACCCCCACGGAUGUACAAGAUAUCAACCUCUGAAAUUUCCACCAGGGGUCGCAAGAGAGCAACUGCAGUGCCACGAGUUACAAUAUAUUGACAAGAAGAAGAAAAAAAACGACAAAAACACAAAAACUACAAAAAACAACAUACCCCUCAAAAAAAAGUGCAUGCUAGUUUUUGUAGGUUUCCUAUUUUGUAAUACAAAACAUGUGCCCAUGUAUAUUAUAAAAUCAAAGCUAUUUUAGAUACAAGAUAAAUAUUUCUAAGAUAUAGAGUCUAUUUGAAAAGCUAUGAAUUUAAGCAAACAAGAAGUGUUGCGUCCCAUUUACACGAGUCAUAUCCCACUCAAUUUAUGAUCGAGUUAUCUGGAAAUAAUAUCUUUAAAAUAUGACUUUUGAAUGUGUAGUGGGGUGUCCAACCUUGCAGAUACGGGGUCACACUGGGGGCGAAGGUUUGGUUUUUGUUUAUACCUUGUUGGUCGGUGUGAGUUGAAACAGGCAUCAUGUGGGCUCUCUUCAGAGCAGGCGUGGAGUCCCGGGCAGCAGGGACUGGCCUGUAUGCUGAUGACCAGGAGCAUGGAGGCAUUGACAGAUCUUUGAGAAAGAAAGAUGGAGACGACAGCCAAUUAUUAUUAAUAUUAAUGUUGACAUCAAAAAGCUCUUUUUGUCAGGUUGCUUGUGUGUAUGUGUGUACGUAUGUGUGCGUGCGUGCACGUGUUUGUGAGAGUGACAGAGCAAACGAGGAAACAGAGACUGUGUUAUACCAUUACUGCUCAACGCCUGAGAGUCCAGACCAAGCCAGACUAAAGAGACCAGGGAUCAGACCAGGGAUCAGACCAGGGCAUCUAAGCUGCAUCACUGCCACAGAGUAAAGGACCAGUAUCAGACUGCAAUGUCUUACAGAGAUGCUGAGAGGUGGACAGAGAGAUGGAGAGAUUAGAGAAAGGUGAGAGAGAUUUGAUGUUGUCUCCGUUAAGAUCUAAACUAUUUUCUGGUUAUCUAAGGCCCUAAUAUGAGCCGUUUGGGAGGGCCAUCACCUCACAUUUGAGGUUUUUCAAGUUUUUCCUUGUCACUGCCAAUGUCCCAAUUGAAUAUAGCCACAUGACCCUGUGUUCCAUGUCAGUCACAUGACCCUGUGUUCCAUGUCAGUCACAUGACCCUGUGUUCCAUGUCAGUCACAUGACCCUGUGUUACAUGUCAGUCACAUGACCCUGUGUUCCAUGUCAGUGGCUGUGAGGAGGUUGAGGUUCCGGGAAGCCUCAUUGACUGGAGGAUACAUGAUAGUACAUAGGAGGACUGUUAGUGUAGAGGAUAGUGGAGUGUGGAAGCAGACUGUGGUCUAUGUACUGCACACUUAGGGCACAUUUGAUUUAGGUAACCCAGAAAGAUAUUACCAGUGGUACACUGGGGAACAAGCAAGUACAACAUUUGAGGUCAACGAAAGGCACCCCGAUAGAUUUGGAGGAUUGGAUCAGAGUGUUUGGAGGUGUGGAGGGGACAGGGGUGUGGCAAGGUGAGGGUGGGAUUCAAGAGAGGAAGGAUGGGGGGGGUGCUAGGGAGGGGGAUGAUGAAAGGAUGGAUGGAUGAAGGAGAGGAGUAUGCUGCUGUGAGGGGAGGGGGAGUGGCCAGGAACAGGUCAGUGGGCAGUUCAAAAUCUUAACCCUAAAGGCCUCGUAUUUUAACUUCAAGAUCCAUGUUGGGGAAUGUUCUUUGCAGAGUAAUGAACUAGGACGGUAGCCAGCCUUUUAGCUGGGAGCUGGCCCCUUCUAGGAUCAGCAUUCUUUGAGGAAAUAUCGGAGCAGGGGGGGAUAUAAUCAAUGCAUCUUUUUAGUCCUGUUUCAAUGCGCCUAUGAUUUAAACAACAGCAAAGCACUUUGAAAACAUGUUCCCAUGGAGACGAGCCAGAACGUGUCUGGAUCGGGGGCUCUAUUGAUGUUUUCAGUUUUUUUCUUGUUAGUUUAUUUUUUUUUUUCUUUGGUUUACUAAGUAGGGCUGGUUUCCCGGAUGUCAGAUGUACGUUCCCAUGGUAACAAGCAGGUGUCCAAAUAAAGCAGCGACACCUGAAGACAGAGGACAUUCCGAAUAUUGAAAAACAUUCCUUAACAAUAUUGCUCGUGCAAAGGAAAAGCAAGUCUGACCAUUUAAUGUAUUUCAACAAAAACUAUGCCAAUGCAAAUUUUCUGUGGGAAAAAAAGGCUGCAUUAAAACACAAAAAAGGUGGUUUUAUUUUAUUUUAGUUUUUUUUUUCUUAGAAUUUUAUUUUGGUGGUUAUAUAAUUAUGAAAUAUUUGUUUACUUGAAUCUUUUGUUCCUAUUUGAUCUGCUUUGAUAGUGAAAAAAUCCAAGUCACAUGUGCUGUGUAUUAACUGCACAGAGGACAUGUUCUGAGGGCAAAUAGAAUAUUUCUAAUCUCAAAGGAUUUAAAUGGCGGGGGGUGUUUCAAAAGGGGAUAAAGCUUUGGUGAAUUUGUGCACAUUAGGCAGAGGGACAAAUGGGAGGAAGGUUUGAACAGGUUACUCAAAAGAAGUGUGUCACUUUUGAGAAACUGAUGUCAUAAAAUUAGAUUUCAGUCUCUAACCAAAACGUGCCCUUGUUCAUCAUUUUCCAUGUUAUUCCCUGAUAUUCUUCCAGCAACUCUGAACGUGCAUCAAAUCAUGAUAUUUUCUUAAAUCUACUAUGUAGUUGACUGUGUUUAGUGACCACCUGUAAGGUUUGUGUUGUGUAAUGGGGCAAAUCCAACCCUGUCUAGAGUUAGUGUUUAGAGAUACUGUAUUCCAACCCUGUCUAGAGUUAGUGUUUAGAGAUACUGUAUUCCAACCCUGUCUAGAGUUAGUGUUUAGAGAUACUGUAUUCCAAAGUGAAGAGGAGAAGGUGUGAAGACAUUGUAAAAGUGUCAAUAUUUUUAUUGAGUUUAUUAUUAUUGUCCUUUUUGCGCUGCUAAAAGCUAUGAUUUUUGUUUCAUUCUUAUAUUACAGAAGAAUAACAUUACCUAGUUGUGAUGUAUCACUUGAGUGUGCUGCUAUUUUAUAAACAUUUGUAUUAUAAUAUAAUUAUUUUACUGCUUAUGAGAUACGUUCAGAUUCCUGAAAUUAGAUGGUAAUAGAAGAACAUGACAUGAGUAUUCGACUGGAAAUGUUCUUUGUACAGUUUUUUUUGUUGGUUUGUUUUGUUUCUUUUUUUUUUGUUGCUUAGAUAGCAUGUUUCUUUUCUCUUUUUUAUCUAUUUUUCUCUCUUUUCUUGGUCACAUAAAAAAUGCGGUAUGUCUAUACCUCAGGUUUACUGGUUAAAAAGGUUAGAAACAACUCUCUCAUUACCUCAACUCUGCAGUUAGGGAGCCCUGAGAGGAACAGCAGAAGGCAUGACAGUUCAUGAGUCAGACCUGGGGUACCAAACCAUGUACACAUACUUAUAUGUGGAAUUGGUGUUCCCAUCAGAAAGAACCCAAUGAAACAGCCCUCUAAAAGGGAUGUUGUGAGAUAAUCAAACUCACCUCAUAUACUUUAAAGGGAUGUUGUGAGAUAAUCAAACUCACCUCAUAUACUUUUAAGUAUUUGAUGUAUUGGCACCAGGACUGUAAUGAAAAUGUUCAGGGCUCCCCCCAGGACCCCAACACCGUGGGGGAGGAGUCCAUCACAAGCACUUCUCUGGUCAAAUAUCAAGAGAUAACGUCCAUUUUGGUGCUACAUAAAUGACAUGUAUGAUCACCUUUGUAAUGGGGAAACAUGAUCCCACCAUGCUUUGUAACAAUCACAUUGAAUGUUGAUGAAUUGGGGUUUCUCCCAAAACAUGUUGAGCUAGCUGGUUUCCACCACCAUCCCAUUGGUCUGGGAACCUCCAGCAGUUGAGAUGUGUAGACCAAUCCAGAAUGUUGAUGUUGGCUGGAUUGACCAAUCAAGCAACUCACCACAAAAGUGCAUUUCCACAGUGAUGUCUGUUUUAGUUCCUUUAACUCCCUCCACUAUAAUUCCCAUCAUGUACCUCAAUGUCAAUUGCACAACCUUUGUUCAAUAAACUUCUGCUUUAAAUAGUGUGACACCACA